AUGGACGAUGUGUACUCUCCUGCGGGUAAGAUUUGUUCCACCUGGCUUUGGUGUGAAAGUUGCAUCUUUUCAGAUGCUCCUCUUUCUUUUCUGAUCGAAGCUAUCAAUGGCUUAGUGCUAUACUUGAAAAUUUUCCCACCAAGGAAGAGCCCGAUGGUUGACCCACCACGCUUGCGCCGUAUAUUGAUGCUUUUCUCGGAGUCUACUCAAGAUAGCAUAUGUGUCUGGUCCUUUGAACCUCCUUUAGUGAUAAAAGACCUCAAGUUAUGGUGCUAUCUCUUCAGUCAGCUCUACUACCUCCGGUACGGUAGAGGACCAAAGCUACAAAGGGACAGUAACUCUAGAUGGUGUGUCUUCUCUUGGUGUUUUCAUGGGGUUUUGGUCGGAGUUUAA